AUGUGUGGAAUUAUCGCUUUGAUCCUGGCAAACCCCUCCGCCGCUGCUGCGGUCGACCUUCACGAGGCCCUGUAUCUCCUCCAACAUCGUGGUCAGGAUGCUGCUGGUAUUGCGACCUGCGCCUCUGGUGGCCGAAUCUACCAGCUGAAGGCCAACGGUAUGGCUGCUAAGGUUUUCCAUGAUGGUGCCAAGAUUGCCAACCUUCCUGGUUCAAUGGGUAUCGCUCACCUGCGUUACCCUACGGCUGGUAGCAGUGCCAAUGCCGAGGCACAGCCCUUCUAUGUGAACAGUCCUUAUGGUAUCUGCUUUGCGCACAACGGAAACCUGAUUAAUGCGCCCGCACUUAAGAAGCACCUGGACCUGGAGGCACACCGUCAUAUCAACACUGAUAGUGACAGUGAACUUAUGCUCAACAUCUUCGCUGAUGAGCUGAGCGAGACCAAGAAGGCCCGCGUGAACAAAGAGGAUCUCUUUGCCAGUUUAAGCCGUGUCUAUGAGCGCUGUGAGGGUGGCUGGGCCUGCACUGCUCUGCUUGCUGGCUUUGGACUCAUCGGUUUCCGUGACUCCUACGGUAUCCGUCCCCUGAUUCUUGGCUCUCGUCAAUCCCUGGAUGGCGAAGGCACUGAUUACAUGAUGGCAUCUGAGUCCGUUGCUCUGGACCAGCUUGGUUUCAACAACCACCGUGACAUUCAGCCCGGUGAGGCUGUUAUCCUGGAGAAGGGUUGCGAGCCGGUCUUCCAGCAAGUGGCCCCCAAGCGGGACUACGCCCCUGAUAUUUUCGAGUAUGUCUACUUUGCUCGGCCAGACUCCGUUAUGGAUGGAAUCAGUGUGUACCGCAGCCGUCAGCGCAUGGGUGACCGUCUUGGUGCCCGUAUUCUGAAGGUUCUCGGACCCGAGGUCGUCAAGGAUAUUGACGUGGUUAUUCCCAUUCCUGAGACCUCAACUACUUCCGCCAGCCAUGUUGCUCAAUACUUGAAUAAGCCCUACUGCCAUGGUUUCGUGAAAAACCGUUAUGUGUUCCGCACGUUCAUUAUGCCUGAGCAGAAGACUCGCCAGAAGGGUGUCCGCCGCAAGCUCAAUGCUAUGAAGGCUGAGUUCAAAGACCGCAAUGUCCUGCUUGUUGAUGACAGCAUUGUCCGUGGUACCACCAGUCGCGAGAUUGUCAGCAUGGCUCGUGAGGCUGGAGCUAAGAAGGUCUACCUGGCCAGUUGUGCUCCUGAGAUCACACACCCCCACAUCUACGGUAUCGAUUUGGCUUCUCCGCAGGAGCUGGUUGCUCACAACCGUGAUACCGCAGCCAUCGCCCGCCACAUCGGCGCUGAGAGCGUUGUGUUCCAAACUCUGGACGAUCUCAAGGGCGCCUGUGCCGAGAUCGCCAUCGAGAACGGCCAAACAGAACCUGUCAACUUCGAAGUUGGUGUUUUCUGCGGUAGUUACGUCACCCCUGUGGGUGAGGGCUACUUCGAUCACCUAGAGGAGGUCCGCGGUGAAGGCCGCAAGAACAAGGCUCUGGACAAGGCCAAGGAGGCCGUUGCUCACGGCUUUGCCAGCACCACUGAUUACCAGAUUGCCACCAAGGGAGUCGCAGUUGACACUAAUGGCAAGAUCAUCCCUGCCGAGGAUGAUGUGCAACAAACCCGCACCAAGCCCUCCCAUGAGGAGCGAUCCAACCCCAAGGUGGACGACCGCAUGGACAUCAGCAUCCACAACAUGGCUGACCACCCAUAA